ACUGCCGACAUCCCAUUUUUGCGUAUAUCAAACCCACGUAUAGAUACGCACUCACUGCGCUCUCCAUACAGCCACUCGCUGUGCCGUGCUGCACUGUCACUGAUAUUGCUCUUGGUCACACGACACCCUAUCGUUUCUCUCUCUCUCUCUGUGUCAGACACAGAAAUCAAAAAGUUAUAAGAGUGUGGUCAAAUCCACCGAUAGUAGUGAUUGAAUUGAAUUUCGUUUUCGCGAAAACGUUCGACCGAAUCUCCCUCUCUCUCUCUCUCUCUCUCUCUCUCUCUCUCUGUUGCAGUCGAAAGCGACGUGUGCGGUGUGACUUUCGUGUCCUGUAUAUGUAUGUAGUAGAUAUUGGAGCACUUGCGGAAGCAGUUAGGUACACAGCUGCAGUGUCGGAGAGGAGAUAGCAGGUAGAUGUAUACAAAGGAUAUACAUCUCUGCCAAGUGCCGUGCAAAAAGUGGCUCGUGUAACAAUAAUAACAACAAAAGUCUCUACAUCGUUUCUGUGAAAAAAAUUUCGUUUCAAGUUCGUUUUCUGUGCGCGUGUGUGUUUCUCGAUUAUAUAUAAUUUGCGAAUAUAUAAAGGGUGACGUUAAUAUGUUCAAAGAUGAUAAUGUGCCGCGCUCCUAGUAGCAGCUGACGAUAUGAUUCUCCGAGUGUGACAACAGUGCUGAGAAGAAGAGAUAAUAAAUUGUGUGCGCAAAAGUUGCUUGUAUGCCAUUUGACCGGUCACAUUCAUCAAGGAGGCAACAACACCGGCACAACAACAACAGCAGCAGCAGCAGCUAGAUCAACAAAAGUUUCUUUCUGCAAGUGAUGAGUGAUCAUAGUGUGAAGAAAUGUCUGCGAGGAUCAAGCUGUCGUCCUCGUGCACUGUUUUACAAUGCAUAAUCCUUCUGUGUAUGUCAAGUUUCCCACACUCGGAUUCGUCCAAUGUCGUCUCUCGUGCACUACCCCAGUCGUUUCGCGUCAGGCCAAGCAACAGCUCGGUACUAGAAGGAGGAGAAAUUACACUGCAAUGCGAGGUCAAUCAUCGAGUCGGCAUCGUUCAGUGGGUCAAAGAUGGCUUUGCCUACGUCAUUCUAGCAAAUGGUGACAUCGUAGGUCAUCCGCGAUGGCGGAUCGAGGGCGAGCAGUCGAUGGGCGUUUACAAUUUGCAUAUUAGAAACGCAUCGCUGAGCGACGAUGGCGAGUACCAGUGCCAAGUCGGACCCAACGGCAGGAUCAAACCAAUCCGAACGAACGCCAAGCUCACCGUUCUAUCACCUCCGCAAUCAGUAGAAAUAACGAGUCACCAGCGUAACAAAAAAAUUGAAAUCAAGCAGAAUCAAUCUUUGAGACUGGAGUGCAUCGUUCGUUCGGCCAAACCAGCAGCUGGUAUAACCUGGUACCGAGGCAACGUACAACUAAAAGGUGGUGAAAGCUCCAUCACUGCGUCGACAGCCGUAACUGAUGAUAAAGAUAAGGAUCACAAGGAUGGGAAAAAUGUGAAAUUCGACACUCACGGCUACCUCGAAAUCAUGACGACGUCCGAUGACGACGAAAUUAGCUACACGUGCGAAGCUGUCCAUCCAGCUGUGCCGGUGACCAAACCUAUGCGAGCUCACGCUGUGCUGUCUGUUUUCUAUCCACCGGGAGCGCCGUACAUCGAGGGCUACGUCGAAGGCGAGACACUGCGCCGUGGCCAGCAAAUCGAGUUGGCCUGCAAAUCGCGCGGUGGUAAUCCAGCGGCUCAAGUGAUCUGGUAUCGUAAUGGAGAAACCGUACACUCCGUUUAUACGACCGAGGGCAAGGUCUCGAAGAAUGUGUACUCGUUCAUUGCUCAGCCGAGUGACGACAAGGCUCGAUUCGAGUGCAAAGUCACCAACGUCAUGAGCGUCACGCCCAUGAGUACUCACGUCGAUCUUACCGUUUUGUUCGCGCCAGCAACCGUAAAACUCGAAGGUCCAACCGAGGCUCGAGCCGAGGAACGAGUAACCAUCAGCUGCGUCACUGACAUAUCGAAUCCUGCAUCCGAGAUCAAGUGGGUCGUUGACAAUCAGAAAAUUGAAAGUACUCAGCAUGUUACGGAAGCCGCCAUGGGCGGUUUCAUUACCAGCUCCAACAUAACUUUUACAAUCAAUAAAAUGGCUCAACGCGCAGUUGUCGUAUGCCACGCCAAUAAUAUCAAACUGUCGGAAACCAUCGUCGGCACACAGACGAUUAACGUCAUCUAUCCACCAUCGAGAUUAGAGAUGUCCGGCUACGAGGCUGGCACAGCAGUGCUGGCCGGAUCGGUUCUGAAGCUCUCUUGCACCGCCAUAUCCGGUAAUCCUUUAGCUACGAUAACUUGGUACAAAAACGACAAUAAGGUACGUAAAAAGGUAACAAGUGUAACAAAACAGCGAGAUCAUGCUGUGACGAGUGAAUUGGCUCUCGUUGUUAACGCGUCCGACAACAAAGCCAAUAUACGCUGUGAAGCCAGCAAUUCAGCUACCCAAGUUCCACUCGUGCAAAGUGCCGUACUCAAUGUUAACUUCCUACCGGAUACUGUGAAAAUUAGCACAAUACCAAAGGACUUCAAGGCUGGCGAACGAGGUCGUCUGCUGUGCGAAUCAACUAGCAGUAAUCCGAAAGCUGAGAUGUCUUGGUGGAAAGCAGGCAGUCCUGUGUUGGGCACUAAUACUAGCACUAAAGCUGGCCUAUAUGGCGGUAUUAUUUCGCAAGUUGAGCUUGCGUUAGAUCUCACGGAGGAUAUGAAUGGCGAGGAGUACACAUGUCAAGCCAAAAUUUCUGAUAUCGAUCGUAGUGUUCACGACACAACGAAACUUAACAUUUUGUAUAAACCUGUUUUCGAAAAUUUGGAAGCAACAGAGCUCGUAGGUAUGGAAGGUGAGCCUUUUGUCAUAUCCGUCGCUGCCCGUGGUAAUCCCGCGGCAAUCACUUAUUCGUGGACACGCGAUGGUUUGCCUCUGAGUUCAAACGUGGCUAGAUCACGCAUAACAGCCAGAGGCUCCACACUAAACAUCACCAGAUUGGAGAGACUUGAUGCUGGAACGUACGUGUGUGAAGCUAUCAACGAUCGAGGACAAACGUUCUACCAUUUAAAUUUGACAGUUCAAUAUCCUACUACCAUAAAAAGCUCAUCAACUUCAGGUUUGGUCUAUCCUGCAGGUAAAGAGGCCAAGUUAUUUUGCGAAAUUGAAGGAUCGCCCAUAGGUCCGAACUACGUAACGUGGUUUAAAGAAAAUGUUAAUGUGGCCGAAUUAGGAGAUCGUUAUUUAAGCCAAUUUAUCAAUAAAACCGCCUUUUUAACGAUUCGCACUCCAAGUAAAGAAGACGUUGGUGAAUACAGAUGUAACAUCAAUAAUGGCAUCAAUAACGUUACCUCUGAGCCAAUACUAUUCAUUACUAAUUUCGGGCCAGAAAUGGCGAAUACCCCAUUAACUAAGAAAGCUGCUGUGAAUAAUGGUGCAAACGCCCAGCUUUAUUGCAAAGCUCGAGGCUCACCUCUACCGCACUUUACCUGGGUGUACAACGGAAAAACCAUAAUGCCAAAUCGGACCGAAAAUAAAUACAGUUUAACGUACACCAACUUAUCGGUCCUUUACUCACAAUCGAUUCUCACCGUCUACAAAGUUGAGCAAAGUGAUUACGGAAAGUAUGAAUGUAUCGCUCAGAACAAGUAUGGACAAGAUUUACAAACUGUUGGACUCGACGUUACGUCGCCACCCGACGAGCCAGUUGAUUUGGAGGCUCACAACAUUACGCACAAUAGUGUGACCCUCGCUUGGAAAAGUGGCUUUGAUGGUGGUUUGUCGACCUCUUAUCAAAUAAGAUGGCGGGAAGCUCGUGACGACGAGACCAACUAUCAUUACCUAGACGUUUCACCUGGCACGCACAGAGCCGUGGUCGAUCACUUGGAGCUUGGCACGUACUACGUCUUCAGUAUAAGGGCACGGAACACAAAGGGCGAAAGCCCUUUUCUACCUGAUCUGCUGAAGGUCCAAACGUUACGGCCUGAUAGUGCUGAGAAUCUGCCUGACGUUUUGAGAGAGAAAAGUGAAAGACCUCUUAAAUACGUGUACACUAUUGGCGCAAUAUCAAUCAUCUUUUUCGUUGUUAAUGUCUUCUUCAUGUUGUGGUAUAUUGUACGAAAGAAAAACCGAGACCGUAUAAACAAAUCGCAAACUGCAGACAUGUACGCGCCAUCAACGGUCAACGGUGAUACGAUGACAGGCGAGUUAAGUUCUGUGUCAGACGAGAAGAGCGACGUCAACUUCGAUGCUAACGAUUAUGUGGACGAGGGGCGGAAAACGGCUGCUAGUACUUAUUUGAUAGAUCCAACAUUAUCGGAUUAUGGAAAAAGUGGCUUGGAGAUGCAGGUUCAUCAGCAAAGCACCUUGAAUCGUCGCAGUAAUCAUUUACCUAGCAUCCUGAGUAUGGACUCACCGCCCCAACGAAUAUCAAAUACUGGCACAUUAACCGCUUCGAAAUCGAGUUACAUCGGCAAUCCGAGCCCGGCUCCACCUGCCGACGUCAAUUUCUACAGCGUGGAGAUGGAGAGCGGCCGUUAUAUGGGAUAUGAGUCUCAGCCGAGCCCGGCCCAGACCUCGACGAUCCUCGAGUCUGUGGACCCGGGCGCUUAUUACCCUUCACUCAGUCCUUCAGCCGUCAAUCAUCAAUUGCAUCAUCCGUUGCAUCAGCACCCCCAUGCGCACCUGCACCACCAUCAUCAUUCGCCAGUAUCGCAACACUCCCAAGGCGUCAACAGCAGCAGCAGUUGCAGCAGCAGCAGUACCACCACGACCACCACCAACAACAAUCUGCAUCAUCAUUUGCUCAACAACGACCAGCCACCCUCGACUAUGGCUCUGAUGGGUACAGUGGGAGUAUCUGCGGCACAAUUAGGCGUGCAUCAACAUCAGCAGCAUCAACAGCUCGGCAGUAUGCAGGGUACGUUGACACGGCAGCGAACUCUGCCCAGGCCGGUGCCCCCCCCAGACGUCACUGUUAUGACUGCCGGAACAAAGUCACCUCUGCCGCCGACGGUACCCCCCCCGCCAGCUACAUUUGCACGUGCGGGCCCCAUCCCCGCACUUUCCCUAGGGCACCAACUGUCAACUUUCACAUCGACCCCACAGUACUCUGAUAUUGACGGACACCUCGUCUGAGUUCGCCAGGCCAGCGAUGAGGCCCAUUAACUACGAUGCGACAGCGACGAGGUCAGCACCAAGCCCUGACUCGAGGCCAAUCUCGGGCAACGUGUACAAACGUCAACUCAGAUUCGACGCCGGAUGUGAUACAAACUAAUGCCACGAUUGAUACUGAUCAUCGAAUUAACGAUUUCAACAGUGAAACUAAUGCUACGCAAAUAGGUCAGAAGAUUCGAAAAAUUGCAUCAAAUGCAUUGAAUAUAUCGUCGUUACAGACUCUGACGUACUUAUUGCGUGUGCCGCAUGGUCCAAACGUAUCGGAUUUAUCAACAGUGCAAGGCGUAUUGAUUGCGUCGUACUGAGCACUAUCGAUGAUUAACAUAUCGUAGAGAGCUGUUUCAAAAGUAAAAGCGUUGACCAUUCCAAGACUACUUCCAAUGUUGUCGACUGAAAAAAAUUAUUACUAAUUGCUUCAUGUUAAAACUUUCACUACUUUUUUAUAAAAGAAACGCGCACUGAAGAUGGAUACAAUCACGUUGAAUUGUGCGUGCCAUACAGAUACUUGGUUUCACUGCCGGCUGUUAUCAUCGUUGACUCGAACAUAACGGCAUUAUAUUACGCAAAAAAAACUUUGAUAUUAUCUAAUAUUAUUAUAUUAUAUAUGUAAGUAAACUGUGAAUGUGACGCUGUGUUUAUUGCUAUAAGAAAUAAGUGCGUGUAUAAUUGAUAAUUUAGGGACACUGAGGGUGUGUGAUCGAUAACAUUUCGAUAAAUAGCUUCUGUACAGUAAUAUAUUGAGUUACGUCUUGUACAUAAUGCGAAAAAAAUGCGGAGGAUUUCGAGAUUAUUAUUAAUAAAUAUGAUGUAAAGUGACGAACAGAUGAGUAUAUGCGAUCAAUCGCGGAUGUAUUGAUCAUCUUCCACUGCGAUGUUUUUGUUUAUUUAUUUUUUAUUAACUAUUGUAAGCAUUCGUUUUUACAAUAUAGGUUUUCUUCUUGGAGAGUUUAAUCUACAACCAAAGUAUUAGAUAAUUUAUAUGAAAAUUUUUACGAUUAAAAUCGUGAUUUCACUUCGAUUUUUCUCGUAACUUUUUUUCUUACAAAAUGUUAAGAUUAAGAAGUUGAUAUUGUAUUGAAUUUUUUUUCAUAUUCCAUAACAAUUGUUUCGGCAUUAAUUAAAAAAAAUCAUGAAAAGUAAACGUGCAAACAAAUAAGUCAAUAUAAUCAUGUUGCGUAAUUAGAUUUCAAUAGUUGCAUAUAGGUUAUGACUGAUGUUAUAAUUUACCUAAAUAUCUUUCCAAGUUCGAAAAUAUGUUUGCUUUUUUGAAUUAUAAAAAAUCAAUGACAGCUAAAAUGAACAAAGAUUAGUAACUUAUGUCAGAAGAAUGUAACAUAGUUAUUAUUGUAUUAAACAUCGAACAUGAGAUACAAUGGAGACAAUGAAUUUUUUUUUGUAUACGAUUAAAAUUUACACGGACCCUCUUGUAUGGUAAAUUAUAUUUGAAAGACAUUAAAGUGAGUGUCUUGUUGUAGUGAUGUAUCUUCGUGCAAAAAGACAAUAGCAUGUGUGACGUACGUUAAUUUUCAAGUAAUUAAUUACUUUUAAUUUUCAGAUGAAAAGUUCCUUAACAAGGUCUUGAACGCUUCAAAGUUUCUGACAAUUUUCGGUUUAUGUAUACCUAUCCUGCCAAUAUGGAAUUCUUAUCCACUAAAAUACGACACUUUGCAUUAAAAAGAUAUAUGUGUAUGUAUAUGAACGUCUUAUCAACUGAAUGUUUAUAUAGCAUAAGUAAACAUAUAUAUUUUUGCAUUUUUUUCUCAUUAAAUUGAUCGUUCUAGUACAUAGAAUGGGAUGUACUCAAAUCAUUAUACUUCCACGAGAACACACACAACGUCUUAAACGUUAAUUCCUAUGCGUAACUAUAUGGAAAAUAAGAAAAAGUUAUUCAAAUGGAUCAUAUGAGGGUCUUGUAGACAAAUUAGAAUCUUAAAAGUUAUAGAGCAGUUAAGAAGUAAAAAACAAUACGAAAAAAUCAACAACAGAUGAAACGAAAAUAGACUUCAUAAAGUAAAAAAUAUUAAUACUUUUUUUAUAUCAAAAGCCUAAGUAGUUUAUACUAUAUUUUCGAAUAGAAAAUUCGUUGUAAUAGGGUACAAUGACAAUUGUAUCAAUUAUGUAAUCACGAGAUUCAUGAGACUUGAUAUAAUGCGUUUUUGGCCUAUUGUGAUUAUAAUUUGAACGUUGGAUUCAAGGACCGUUUUGAUGCAUGUGCUUGCAACAUCUAGUAAAUAAUCCGGUGUUAAGAGAACGUAUUAGCGAACAUUUUUCGUGUUGACAUACUUUCAAAUUUUCGCAUAUGUUCGAAAAAAAUCAUUUUUUAUUGAUUUGUAAAAGCAUAGAUUUUAUAUUAAACCUACUAAGAGUUUGAACUAUCCCUAUCGAUAAACCGUAUAUACUAGGUAUCGCGAGUUCUCAAGUAUCUUGCGCUCCAAGAGUUUUUUUAUUAUAAAUACAAAAAUAAAAGAAGUUUGUGUAACAAGAUAAUGGUAAAUAUUGUUGUAAUGAUUGUCAUACCGGUUUGUUAUUAAAGCCCCGAAAUCUUGAAUUGUAACCGCGUACAUUGUUAACGAAAAAACAAAAAGAAAAUCCAACUGUUAGAUUUGUAUGUGUGAGAUAUGAACGGUUGAAAUAAAUUAUGUAAAAACUAAAAGGUUCUAUGGUUACGCGAAUUAUGCUCAAUUAAAGACAUAUUAUAUUCGCGUAUAAUUAAGAGGUUCUAUUUACAUAUACAUGUUUUAUAUUUGUAAUAAUGAUAUCGAAUCAUUUAUUGAUAUGGUGUAUUGUCGACAAAAGAAGCGACGAAAAUGAAUAACUGUCGUAGACGGUAUGUAAUCUCCAAAAUAAUCGUUCAAUUUAUAAUUAUUAUUUGACAACACAUUGGAAAGUAAUAUUUGAAAAAGUUGAUAUCACAAGUACGUCCAGAAUGAUAAUUUGGGAGUGAACAUAUCAUCUAUGAUUCGAGAACGGUAUGGUAAUUAAUAUUUUACGAGAUACAUGAAAUGAAAUAAUAAGUAAUUCGUUGAUUAUUCUGAAACAUAGUCAAUCCUAAGUAUGCAAUCAUUAAGAAUACGAAUGGUUGCGAUCAUAAAAAGCAUAAGUGUGAAUAAUAAGGUUUGAUAAUUUUAACUAAUGUAUAUAAUGUAAAUAGCGACAAAUGAUUCUUAGAUAGAUAUUAAAAGUCGGAAAUGCGUAUUACGAAUUAUUUAUGCAUAUAUCAUACGAAUAAUAAUUGUCUGUCUAUUCGCAGUCCAAAUUAACUCAUAAUAUUAUUGUCUCGCUUUCGCGAUCUAUGUAUAUAUAGAUAUACAAAGAGAUCAUAUUUUGGACUGCAAAUAGACAGUCUCAUAAUAAUAAUAAAAAAAUUUAAUUAAUGACAGAAAAAUUUCAUGAGAUACAGAUCUUUUGUAAUAAGUAUUAUUCAUUGUGAACUUUGCAUAUUCACAAAUUUUUCAUUGACAAGACUAUCUUGUAGGGUUGCAUCGUAAUUCAGAAAGUUUAAAAAUUGUAAAUGUAUUCAAUUCAAUUGAAUGCGUCUGUGUUAAUCUGUUCGUUGAGAUUUGUGAGAACGAAGCUAACGUGUCCUCUGCUUUAAUUACUAAUGUAUAAACUUUACAUUUUUUAUUGUACUUCAUGAAAAAAUCAUACCAAAAAAUUUAGAAAAAAAUAUUGCAUUUUUCUGACUGUACAAUCGUGAUUGUUGUAACAUCAAAAGACUGUUUCACAAAAUAAACAUCAAUUUUCCCAAA